CACAAUUUAACUGGAUCUCUUAACAGGAAGAAAUAUAGUUAUAGUCAGUCAUUUAACACAUUUACAAUUAUGAAUCUGGUUUUACUACAAAACAUUGUGCUUCUUAUUUGUGCUUAUAUUGUAAAAGUUUCGUCUGUGCUGUCUUGUGAAACACAUGAUUUGCAGGCACUCAUGCUUCGACUGCGACAAAUAAAGAUAGAAUCUGAAGCAAAAAUUAAAGAAUUGACGAACAGGAUUGAAUUCCUGGAAAAUAGGUUGGAAGAAAGAAAAGGUCAGUCAAUGGUGGCAUUCCAUGCCUACCAUGUGGCAAACAUAACACCAAGCGAACAGUCAAUUAUGGUAUUUUCCAAAGUUCGUCUAAACCAGGGAGGAUCAUACAACCAAUCUACAGGCAUUUUUAUCGUUCCAAAAAGUGGAACAUAUAGAUUCUACGCCCACAUGUGUACCAGAGUUUAUAACGAAGGGUACAUGAUAUUUGAUAUAAUGAUUGGAAGGAUUGCAUAUGCAACUGCAUAUGGGUCUCUUCCCGUGACCAGCAAUGCAUUGUGUGAUUCGGCACAGGCUGUUGCAUAUUUGGAAAUCAAUGAUAUCGCUUUUGUUAGGUGGAGCGGCAACAGUAGUAACAUUUGCCAAAGUACUGCGUGUGAUAACACGUUCUCAGGAUCAUUGAUUAAUAACUAAAACGUUAGCAGUUGGUUUUCAAACUGACACUUUAUUAUUUCAUCACUUAUUACACAAAUUUAUUCAUCUUCUAUUCACUUUAACGCAGAUUAACGAGAUGUUAUUCUAUUAUAUUUCAUAUUUCAAAGCAGUAAGUCUAGAGGUUUCUUGUUUUGUGUUGUUGUUGUUGUCUUUAUUAGGAAUGCUUCAGCAUGUAGGUUAAUCUAGACAUGAUUUCGAAUUUAAUAUUCUGAAACUUAUUUCAUAAUCUGAGCCGUGCCAUGAGAAAACCAACAUAGUGGCUUUGUGACCAGAAUGGAUCCAGACCAGCCUGCACAUCCACGCAGUCUGGUCAGGAUUCAUGUUGUUCUCUAACAGUAUCUCUAUUGCAAUAGGCUUUGAAAGCGAACAGCAUGGAUCCUGACCAGACUGCGUGGAUGCGCAGGCUGGUCUGGAUCCAUGCUGGUCGCAUGGCUCAUCUGUUGUUUCAUAAUGUCUGACAUGAGCAUUCGAGCACUCCGUGUGAUUGAUGCAAUAAGAGACAGGUAAUCAAACAUUGAUAUUUAACAAAUAAUCAAGGCCUUCGUGUGGUUUAUCACCUAAUUUACCACGGUUCAGAGUUCAGAUGCGUAGAAAUUGAACCACGAGAACAUUAGCCCAAGUGAUUAAAUACUGAAGCAUCUGAACGAUGUAUCGUGAUCAGUUAGACGACAAAAGACAAGAAGGUCUUGGUUGUUUUCAUUCUGACAUGUUCAUUGACAUAUUUCAAUAAAUAUUAUGCUGGACCUAAUUUUCACCAGAAAUAAUGUAUUAGACGUCAUGCGGCAAUAUGACGUCAUAAUUGACAUCAUAAUGCUCUCUUACCGGUCCGCGCGUCAACCGUUGCUUAACGCAGAGUUUACAAAGCUUGGUUUUUCUUUGUUUAACUGGAAAUCAAAUCGAGCCAUGUUGGAAUAUGAUAUGUAAAGUUACUUUAAUUGUUUUGAUGGACUGUCCGGAAAAUACAAUAGAAAACAAAUUGUAAAAAUAGCAAUGAAUGACAGCAACAAAAUAUGUUUGUGACAAGGUUUCAAAAAGCAAACAUUUCUUUUAGUAAUUAGAUUCCUCAAAAGGGAUCGCAUCAUAAGGAAUUUAUUACAAAAUACACAAUAAUUGUUUAAUCUAUGCUAACAUUUCCUGUUAGCAUUUUAAUCAGUUUUGUUGUAAGAGUUUACACCUUUUCCCUGUUAUUCAGGCCAAUGAGAGUAUUUACUAACCUGCAAAAAGAUAUAUCGACCGCGGGCGUAUUCCGACCGAAUCUGAAACGUCACAGUUGUUAAGGAAAGAGUAAGAAGUCCAAAACAUUUGCAGCGUUUCUUCUAGUUUACACAGUUGUCUAAAAUUGUGUACUGCGUCACUUUAAUUAUGGUGUCAAUUUAUCAUGGCGUCAUUGCUGCUGGUAAUUUAAGUGUCUUAUUGGCUCUGCCUACUAGUAAGAACGACUUGAUAGCCUGUUAAAUAGCGGAAAAUUUUGAAUAUGUGUUUAUAGAGCAUGGUCAAACAUAAAUAUAUUAAUGUAAUUUGA